CAGACAAGAAGCGUGGAGCACUAGCGGUCUGUCAGUCCGACUAUCUGCCGAAUAAACUAGGCUACACAAGAAGCUGAGCAGAUAACCACUCGGACAGAUCAAUGUCCCGUCCCAGUGGUUGAAAGAACAGAUAGAAACGAGAGGACACCUGCAUGAAGAGCAACACAACACAAGGGGCUGUGAGUGCAGCUGAGGUGAGGACAAGGACAAGUCCUUCAUCCGUCCGUCAACGUCCGAGUGUCCCGGUGCCGCCCACUCUCAGGUCACCUCAACCGCGACGGCGGCCGAACAAAUAGGAGUCUCUCGAACCCAGCGUCCCUCGGACUGCCUGCCUUCGCAAAGCAAAUAUUUGAGGCCAUUAUAUCUCAUUUCCCAGGGCUAACCUUCAGUGAAAAGAUCAACGGAAAAGGAGUGAUCGCUCAGAGAGAGACGGACAAAGAGAGAAAGAAAGAAAGAAAGAAAGAAAGAAAGAAAGAAAGAAAGAAAGAAAGAAAGAAAGAAAGAAAGGGGAGGGUGAAAAAUAGUAACCCUUUCAAAGUGAACUCUGCCUGCUAUUUCUGCUGCGCUGUGGGCAGGAGAACAUCCCAUUUGGGAGUGCUGUUGGCCAGUGGCAACAGGAUUUCCCUGCACCCUGCCCAUUUAUCCAAAUGCCUGUGUAAAUACUAGAUAGAGAUAUCAAUUUGUCUGGGCUCCAGCAGUGCCCAAAAAGAGACUAUAAGCUAUCUAUAGCAAGCUCCACAUCAAACGUGGCCUCUGUGGUCACAGAAUUGCUACCUAUUUAUUUCCUCAGUAGAGAGAUUCAGGAACUGUGAGUGAGAAUGGGAGCUGCUAUGUCUUUAGUUCUGAAGCAGAAAGCUUACUGAAAAGCUCACACCAGACUAGAACUUGAAAGGUACAACAAUAUAUCCAGGGGGACACCUUUCGCCACUAGCUGCAGGAGAAGGCAGCCAUUUUCGGGCUGCUGUUUUGAUGUCUUUACCCAAAAGGGUGGAGCACCAUGAAACCGCUAACACCCAUAGGAUCCCCCUCACCUCUGAGGCUCCUCAACAAGGGCCCGGACUACCUGCGUAGGCAGAUGGAGGGUGGGGGCCAGGGCCGAUCUAUCAGCGCUGUAGAGAGACUAGAGGCAGACAAGGCCAAGUACGUUAAGAGCCAGCAGGUCAUUAACACCAAACAGGAGCCCGUCCUGGUGCCCUGCACACCACCUCCUCCACACCGUCGUCCCCUCACCGUGCCUGGGAGUCUCACCCCACGGCUGCCACCCCGCCGAUCCUCUGCCCCUUUCACCACCCUGACUGGCCCCCUCAACGUACGAGACGAGAACGAGAAUGAUGACUCGAGGAAGGAGAAUUGGAGGACAUCGGUGGAUGUGGAAGCACGGAACAGGAGUAACGCCAACAAGGUGACCCCACCCAGCCCCAGGACCCCCAGGACUCCACCCUCCGUACCCCUGGUAGCCCCUCACAGUGCCCCCAUCCUGAGGAGGAGCACCGGUAAGCGCAUGCUGCGGCCUGACUCCCUGGUCAUCUACCGGCAAAAGAAAGAGUGUAAAAGCCUGCCUAGUGGUGGCGUCAUACUGGGGAACUCCAACAUGGAGAUAAAGGGGUACAACUUUGUCCGCCGCCUCUUCCAGGGCUCCAUGCGGGAGAAGAGUGGCGGGGGCGAGAGGGACACCCAGAAGAUGGUGAUCAGCGAGGAGAAAGCUCUGUCGCGGGAUGGUGACUCACGCAUGUCCUGGACCAAUGACAAGGACACCGUGGACGGGGGACAGGGAGGGCCGGGUAGCCGGAGAUCCAGUAAGACGGACCACGAGCGCUCACCGCUGCCCAGCCCUGGCCUCAGCCCUGGCUUCAGCUGUACACUGGAGCGGACUAAGAAUGGUGUUAGCUGUGUUAGCAAUGGCACCACCAAUGGUACCAGAAAUGGCAAUGGCAUCACCAAGGGCAACAACGUGAGUGACCACACUGACAACGAGGCGGACGUCUGGAAGCGGGUGCCGCCGCCACCACCGCGGUGGCGUUCAGGACUACAACGCUCCAAGUCAGAUCUGCUUCUGCGAUGCUCAGUGGCGUUGUCUGACCAGGAGCAUUUCUUUGACUACUGCGGGCUGGACCUGGACAUGGUGGACCGGCUGGGGCCUGAGAACUUCCUGGGCGGGGCCAGCGACGUAGACACGCUCUCAUUGGUGCUGAGGAGCAUAGGGGGAGGGGGCGGUGGCUCGGAGCCCAGCGAGUUCUCCCGCCACUCAGGAGAGGCGGGGCUUUUCCAGGAGGAGGUGGCCGAGAAGCUGACCACGGGGGUGUCAAUCAUCGAGAGGAACGCCCGUGUCAUCAAAUGGCUCUACAGCUGCAAGAACGCAGCACAGGAGGGGCCCAAAGAGUCCACUGUUUAGACACCACUUCUCUAAAAGAAGACAUGUUCCCCUAUGACUGAAGGACAGAGACUUUGUUAUUGUAUUGUAAUCCUUAGUCUUCUCCCAGGUUGAUAUGCUGUAUUUACAUGUCCUAUGGAAAGUGUGAGGGGUGUGGAUGGGCUACACCUUAUUUUUGAGUGGAAUCAUUUACCCCUGAAGAUGUUACUGUCAGUGAGUGUGUGGUUGUGUUGGAUAUGGCUGUCCCGCCCACUCCCUAUCCUAACCAAUAGGUAUUGUCAGAUCUAUAGUGACUGACAGCCUCCCCUAAGCUCCGCUCUGACUCUACAACCAACAAUAAGGCGCAUCAGUGAGAAAACAACAGGCACAGAUGAGGCUGUAUUUAGCGUCGUGGACGCACAACAACACAACCCUACACUCUUCCCUCGAACAAAUUCAUAAUUUAGAACGUAAAACCACAGAGUUAUUUUUUUCUAAACUGGAGUGUACCUCAUUCCGAACUGUGACAGUUCAGUUUGUGUGUUGCUUUUUUCCCCCUUUCUUCUUAAACGCAGGCGUUGGAACAAACACGCGAGGGACCCCUGUGGGGUCGUUAAUGCACUGAACUGGACGAAAAGUGAGAGAGAGAGGAAACGAGUGAGAGAGAGAGAGGAAACGAGUGAGAGAGAGAGAGAGGAAACGAGUG